CGAAGUCUGUGUUGCCAGAGAACCUUUAGUUUCACAGACUUCCGUGAUUUUUUUUCUUACUUCCUGGUUAGUUUUUCUUCCCCUUCUUUCUGUAAACUGCGGUGAAACGGGCAGAACGGAUAGUGUGCAUUGACCCUUUCGUGUAAUGGACAUCUUAUAGAUAACUGUAUUAUAACACUGAAACAGAACGGAAUAUCAACAAGUCUCUGUCAUUAGGCCCGUUGGCCUUGGUUGGGAUUUUUGUAGACUUAAAUUUGAGAUGGCGGGCUUGGGAAACAGUCGCCGAGGUGGGAGGUCUCUACUUUUAAUUGGUGCCUUAAUUGCGUGCACGGUAGUGCUGGGUUUCAACUACUGGAUAUCAAGCUCUCGGAACAUAGAAUUGCAGACUCGUGUAUAUGAGUUGGAAGGCAAUGUCCGGCGGGCAGCCUCUGAGAGAGGGGCUGUGGAACUGAAGAAGAAUGAAUUUCAAGAGCAGCUUCAAAGGCAGAGUGAGCAAAUGAAUCAGAUUGAGUCUCUGUAUCGGCAGCAGCUGCAGAGUGCGCAGGCGUCCUGGAAGGGUGAAAAGGCUGUCCUGCUUCUCAACAUCUCUUCAAGUGCUAGGACUAUCAAGACAAUGAAAGAUCAGUUUAACACUUUGUUUAAAGAUAUGGGAAAAUUACAGCAAGAACUCCAGGAGUGUCAGAGAAACCAGAGCAGUCUUCAAAGAAAAAUAACAUCUGACAUGUCUCAGUGCAAUGCACAGAUUACAGAGGUGAAGGAAGGGUAUUUACAGCAGCUUUCAGCACUCAAAAAGGAUGCUCUGCAGAAGGAAGAGAAGAUAACUACUGAGGUCAAGGUGUCUAUGCCCAAAGCAGUUUCCACAGGAGUUAAAACCAGAGCUACUGAUGUCAAAGGGAUAGAAAAGCAAGAGAAGGAAGGGACUAAGCAGGUCCCUGUCCAUCCAAGAAACAGCAGUCAUGAGACAGAAGAAAAACCAGUACAAACUGAAGUUCAAAACCCCAAACCUGCUGAACUAGAAACUACUGAGAUUCCAGAGAACACGGGCAGCAGGAAAAAUGUUGAUGUACAGCAGCCCAAAACAGUGGCUGUUAAACAGCAGGAUAAAGACGAAGCUGAAAAACCAGAACUGACUGAGAUAAAAGAAAAUGAUCUGGAGAAUCAGAAAAAUGAAGGAGGCAAAGAUAAAAUCGAAGACCUUGAAAAUGAUGACCACAAAGGCAAUGGCACAGAGGAAGAAGUAGAAAGAGAGCAGUUAAUUCAGGAUGAGCUGGAGAUCCUUGAUGAUUCACCUAAUGGAGACCUAAUAGCAGAUGGCAAACAGAAUAACGAGCUGGUGAUGGGUGAUGAACUUGCUGAUUACAACGGCGAUGAGGAAAAUGUGGGAGAAUUUGAGGCAGACAAACAAGCGGAGCUUGCAGAGAACACAGGUGAUUCAUAAACACACAUGGAUACUUAAUUGAAGAGGAGUAGACCAGGACCAUCAGCUCUUCAAUGAACAGCUUUAGAAGAGUGUGACAAAAACAAAGUGGAGUUCUGAAAAACAAAUGCAGUUGCACUGUCAGUAUAACUGGAGUAAAAAAUACUUGAGCUUCCAAGUGCUUUCCUUUGGGAUCAUAAGACUACCAUUUUAUUUUUCUUUAUAAUUCUUCAAGCCAGUGGAAGCACAGUACACAUGAUGUAUUAGUUUAAAUAAUAACUGAAUGAUUGGUCCAAAUUGAAUGUAUGUUAAACAGGGUUCUGAAGUAGAUUGAGUUUCCUUUAACUAUUGCUGUAUCAGCAAUCUAUACAGUACAUACCUUUUUUUUUCCCCACUGUGUAUCUGAGCUUCAUGUUUCAUAUUUAGGAAAGAGACAACACAUGAAAACAUCACUUUGAAGUUCAGAGUUCUGACUUCCUGUUUCUUACAUGAAUGUUACUUUUCUUAUCAAUUCCCUGUAAAAUGUGUUUUUGUGUUACUCGUUGACAUUUGUUUUAGUCUUACACAGUGUAAUACCAAUAUAGAACAAAUACCUCUAAAAGGUUAUUUUGAAUGGAUACUCUUAGUUCAAAAUUCUGUAAAAAGAGGGUGUGCUUUAUUGAGAACUAAUGUAAUUUACAACAUGGAAAAUCUAUAUUUACUAUGAAAAGUACUGUAAAGUGGUCUGUGAAGAUCACAAUAAUUGAAUCUCCGUUUGAAAAAUGAAGUCAAACUUAUAUUUUUAUGCUGCCUAAUACAAGGCAGACAUUAAAUAUGAUUUAAUUCAAUGUUUAUGAAUAUUCUAAUAAGUUAGAAUUUUGUUUUAUAACCUAUGGAAACAUAUUUUGAAUACAUAUCACCUAAUACAUUGAUAGAAAUGAUAGAUUCCUGUAUUUUGGUGAAGACUUAAAUUGUGGUUUCUCUUUAAAACAUUCUGUACGUUUAAUGAUCUUGAAAACUACUAUUGACAGUUUUCAGUAUUCUAUUUAAUACAGCAGAAAUGUUCAAGAAUUUAAUAUAAUCUUAAAUAAGCAGAAGUAUGACACUAGUUGUACUAUUAUAAAAACAUUUAAACAAAAACAAACAUUUUAUUUAAAUUUAUUGGGACCUGAUUGCAAAUCGUUUUAGACAUGCACAAUUUCACAUCUUAAUGUGAUCAUCUUUUUGUUUUGCUUUUUCAUCAGAAAGUGUUCUUUCUUUAUAUUUAACUUGUAUUAAACGUCUUCCUUUCAAAUCUAUGAGUGAUUAAAACCAGUUGUGGAGAGAACAGUACUUUAAAUAGAAAUGAAAAACGAGAGUGGAUUUUUCUAACCACUGACCUGAACUGAUUCAUAGAGAAAGCUCAUUGAAACAAAGGGAUUAACACACUAAAAUUAAGUAUCAUUUAUAUUUGCAAACUUGGUGUUAAAGCUACUUAGAAAUAGUUAUAAACAUUUUCCGCAUCAGAUUUUGUGACAUAUACUUAUUGUUUUAAUUAGGAUAAUUAAAUCAGUCAGUAAAUUAACAACUGAAUAUAAAAAGAAUUGGAUAAGAAUUCAGAACUAAGCUUAACUGGAAUGUUAUACAAAGCACAGAAAGCCAAAACACUUACGUACAUUCAAGUGGCCCUUUUAGUUUGAUGUCCAGAAUAGAAGAACCCCAAAACCCUGAGACUUGAUCAGUGUUGCACCAUGCAAUCAAGUUGCCAUCAAUCACUGUACUGUAAGUUGAGUUCUGUAACAAUCAAUACACCUCCCCAUAGAUUGGUCUGAGAAAGGCUUGGGAAAGGUUCACAUAUAAUUCUGCAAGCUUGUUCCUCACUUGCAGAUGUCCAUCACAAAAAAAACCCUUGAUGCACAGCUGCAGGUCUACCCCAUGUGGCUUUGUCCACAUGAAAGUGACAUUCUCUAAAUAAACAGAGUCCAUCGA